AUGACUGCGGCCACGGCGCUACCAGUCAUUGACUUGCGCUCAUUCGACUCGCUCGAGGACUUGGCAGCCGACCUCAUGCGCGUCGGCAAAGAUCCUGGUUUCUUCUACGUCGUUGGACAUGAGCUGCGCGACGACGUUGCAGCCGACAUGUUUGCUGUUGCCGAGACGUUCUUCAGCUCACCCCUUGAAGAGAAAGUGGCGUAUGCCAACGGCAGCGGCGAUUUGGGUUACACCGGAAUGAGAGAAGAAACUCUUUCUGGAGCAGGGCCGGGCGAUGUAAAAGAGUCGUUUUAUCUAUCAGACCCCGGAUAUACGACGCAGCUGCUUCCAGCCGAGUUGGAGUCCCAUCGAGAGACAAUGGCGGACUUCUUUGCGAGUUGCGAUAGUCUUGCAAAGACUCUUUUGGAAGGGCUUGCCGUUGGUUUAGGCGUCUCAUCAUCCACCACCACCACCACCACCUCUUCCUCCCCAGUUGACACCCCCACCUCCCACGCGGAGGAUAUCCGAGCGGGCGCCCACUCCGACUACGGCUCGCUCACCCUCCUUUUCCGCCAGCCCUCGGACCAGGGCGGGCUGCAAGUCCUACGAGGAACAGACGGCGCCGCCGCCGCCGCAUGGGCCGAUGUGCCCUGCCUCUCCGACGCCGUCGUCGUCAACAUUGGCGACGCCCUCGAGUUCUGGACCGCGGGACGGCUGCGGUCCACGGUGCACAGAGUCGCGUUCCCCCGGUCUGCGAGCGAGAAUGUGGCGAGGUUGAGUAUACCCGUCUUCAUCCAGCCUGACCGGCAUGUGGUGCUGGCGCCGAUCAAGGCGUGGCGGCGGGACGGCGGUGGGCUGCUGCAGGCGGCCGAUGACCAGAGGGAUGGGGAGGCUGAGGCCGAGUUUUUGGAGGUUUUGAGGAGAAAGGGGUACGAGAGUGCUGAGCCUGUUACGAGUCGGGAGCAUUUGGAAAGGCGGAUACGAGCUACGUACGGCAAGGUUUGA